AAGUCCAAAAAGAUUGCAGCACCACAAUUUCGCAUAUGGUCUCCCACUACACUACUCAGUGUGGCCCUAUGCAGCUUAACUAACGUUGAUCGGACGGGAAACAGUGCUUCCUGCAUGGUAUGGCCGCAACCGAAGAAAGAGUUGGCUUGUUUCUCUCAAAGCCACUGA